AAUAACGAACAUUCGAGUCUACUAGAAGAAGAAGAUCGACAAAACAUAAACAAUAGUUGUCCAUAAUGCUCUAAACCUGUGUUUAUCAAACUCUGAAGAAGCAGCAAACUGGAGGAAUUACAGCAGGAGAAACAGCUGACAUACUAUAGUAAAGAUGGAGAUAAAAGAAGAACCCUGCAGAAUAAAAGAGGAAGAGUCGGAGGAGCUAAUAGACCCACCUGAGAUGACCGACGACAAAAAUCAUAUCAUAAAAGAUGAAAACGCGCUAACAAAAGCUGAAGUCAAAGGAUCUCUCGGCUGCUCUGAGUGUGGGAAGAGUUUCAAGCACGAAUCAAAACUCAAAAUACACACGAGGAUUCACACCGGAGAAAGACCGUUCACCUGCUCCCACUGCGGGAAGACCUUUGUUUACAAACAAGACCUGAGUGUGCAUAACAGAACGCACACCGGAGAGGUAGAAACGUUCGCGUGCGCUCGGUGUGGAAAGGGUUACACGAAUAAAUCCAAACUCAAAAGACACAUGCGGGUUCACACUGGAGAGAGACCCUUCAUAUGCAGCCACUGCGGAAAGACUUACAUUUACAAAGAAGAUCUGAGUGUGCACAUGAGGAUUCACACCGGAGAGAAAACCCUGGCGUGCACUCAAUGUGGGAAGAGUUUCAUCCAUAAAGGGCACUUAAAAGUGCACAUGAGGGUUCACACUGAGGAAAAGCUGUUUUCGUGCGCUGAAUGCGGGAAGAGUUUCAAAUACAAAAGCGUCCUCAAUAAUCACAUGCGCACUCACGUCGGAGUGAAGUCGUUUAGCUGCGAUCGGUGCGGUAAAUCUUUCAUGAUGUCGUCCAAUUUGAGCGCACACCUCCGAGUGCAUUCUGAAGUGAAGCCGUACAUCUGCACUUUUUGCGGAAAGAGUUUCGUGCAUCUGAAUAACUUAAAGAUUCACCAGAGCGUUCACACUGGAGUGAAACCGUAUAUGUGUUUUGACUGCGGGAAGACCUUCAGUUCAUCCACCAACCUUAAAAUACACCAGAGGAUUCACACCGGAGAGAAGCCCUACAAGUGUGCUGACUGCGAGAAGAGCUUCACUAACUCGUCAGCAUUGAAAGCUCAUCAGAGAGUUCACACUGGGGAAAAGCCGUAUCAGUGUUUGUCAUGCGGGAAGAGCUUUGCUCAGUUUUAUAAUCUACAGACUCACGAGAAGAAGCAUAACAUUGCAGACAGUUGAGCAGCGUUCAUGCUGAGAUACAGCACUUGCAAGUCAUUUGCAAGUAACUCCUUAAAUGGGUUUUAACACAGGGCUGCACGGUAUUGUUGGUGAGUAUUGCGAUAACAAAAUGUCUCACAACAGUGGUCCUUGUAGGGGUAGUGUACAGUUUAACCCAAAGAAUGACCAGUCUGGUAGAUGACGAAGAGCCGGAGUCAGAGAUUUAAAUAAAUAAAUGAAGUUUACUGAAGAUAGUUUGCAGUUACAUCAGCAGAA